AUGCUGCUCCUAGGCCUCGCCGUGCCGGCCGUGGUGGCCGGGUUCCUUAAGGCGUUCCGGCUCGCGUUCCUGCUGUGGCCGUUCAACCUCGCGCUGCCGCUGGCACGCGACCUGCCGCGGGCCUGCAUCACGCUCCGGGGCAUCGUUUCCUUCUACGCCGCCGGCCUGCGGGGCUACGUCGACGGCGCCCGGCGCGGCGUGCAGCUGCUACAGGCGCGGAGCCAGGGCCAGGGGCAGCAGCAGGACGGCGCCUCCUCCUCGUCAUCCUCGGCACGCGGCGUGGCGAGCACGCGCGAGGAUGCCGUCGCGCAUGCCAUGCUCGCCUUCGACGACAUCUACUGA